AGACUCAGGAGGGUGCAAGGAAGUGUCUUAGCUGAGCUGGGGUGGGAAGGGGACGGACGGUAGGGAGAAGCUGCCGGAGAAGCACAUUCUGCUGGGUCUGAGCUUCCAGAGGGGCUUCUUCUGCAUGCCAGGAAGGGCACCCUCAGGGCUUCUCUUACUCAGGGUGCUAGCUGAGUUGGUGAUAUAGCUCUGGAGCUGGUGUCCCUGGGACUCACCGCCUAUCUUCACUCCAUUCACCAGUAUGGAAGAUGAUAGUUACAACUACUAUGGGGCUGACAACCAGUCUGAAUGUGAGUACGAAGACUGGAAGUCCUCUGGAGCUCUCAUCCCUGCCAUCUACAUGCUGGUCUUCCUUCUAGGCACCACCGGCAAUGGCCUGGUGCUCUGGACCGUGUUUCGGAGCAGCCGGGAAAAGAGACGCUCAGCUGACAUCUUCAUUGCCAGCUUGGCAGUGGCCGACCUGACCUUUGUGGUGACUUUGCCACUGUGGGCCACCUAUACCUACCGGGAGUUUGACUGGCCCUUUGGAACCUUCUCUUGCAAGCUCAGCAGCUACCUCAUCUUUGUCAACAUGUAUGCCAGUGUUUUUUGCCUCACUGGCCUCAGCUUCGACCGAUACCUGGCCAUUGUCAGGCCAGUGGCCAAUGCUCGACUUAGGCUGAGGGUCAAUGGGGUUGUGGCCACAGCUGUCCUGUGGGUGCUGGCUGCCCUUCUGGCUGUGCCUGUAAUGGUGUUCCGUUCCACGGCUAACACGGAAAACAGCACCAAGGUCCAGUGCUACAUGGACUACUCCAUGGUGGCUACCUCAAACUCAGAGUGGGCCUGGGAGGUGGGCCUUGGGGUGUCAUCCACCGCCGUAGGCUUUGUGGUGCCCUUCACCAUCAUGCUGACAUGUUACUUCUUCAUUGCCCAAACCAUCGCUGGCCACUUCCGAAAGGAGCGCAUUGAAGGCCUGCGGAAGCGGCGCCGGCUGCUCAGCAUCAUCGUGGUGUUGGUGGUGACUUUCGCCCUGUGCUGGAUGCCUUACCACCUGGUGAAGACGCUCUACAUGCUGGGGAAUUUGCUGCACUGGCCCUGUGACUUCGACAGCUUCCUCAUGAAUGUCUUUCCCUAUUGCACCUGCAUCAGCUACGUCAACAGCUGCCUCAACCCCUUCCUCUACGCCUUUUUCGACCCCCGAUUUCGCCAGGCCUGCACUUCCAUGCUGUGCUGUGAUCAGAGCAGGUGCAAAGGUACCCCUCACAGCAGCAGUGGGGAGAAGUCAGCCAGUUAUUCUUCUGGGCACAGCCAGGGCCCUGGCCCCAACAUGGGAAAGGGAGGAGAGCCGAUGCACGAGAAAUCCAUUCCCUAUAGUCAAGAGACCCUUGUGGACUAGGGCUGAGGCCAGAGACAAACCUGGUGCCUUGGGUCUGACCCAAACUUCACCCUCGCUCUCUGAGAACCAGGUAGCAUGGCUGCACCUUCUCCCUGACCCCGGCUCCUUUCCCUGCUCCCUGCCUCCAAGCUCUGUCUUGCUUCCACGUCUCCGAGGUUUGUGCUUCAGAGGGAAGAGAUGGAGCCUUGCCACAGACUCAGCAGCUCAAUGUCCCCGAGGCUGACAUCGCACAAGUCUCCUAUCCUCUGCAAGCCUCAGUUUCUCUGUUUGUAUUAAAUGGGAGAAUGCUUUAUGGACCCUAAAACGUUGAAGAUGAGUCCUGACUUAAUUUGUUUCCUUCUACUCUUCCUCAGCUUUCUAGCCCCUCCCUUCUCUUCCUUUUUUGUUUUCUCUGCUGCAGAUUUUUUUUUUUACUGUUAAUUACUCAGUUUCUAGAUCUAACUCUUAGUCUUCUAAUGGAUUCCUAAGGCUGGGCUCCUAAGGGUUAAGAAUGCUGAAGCUUGAAGGAUAACCCUUUGAGUUCUUAUCCUGUUUUCUGAGAGCCAACAGGGCAGGGUGGGCUGUGUGUGUAAGCAAAGAAUUAGAGCUCUGGGUCUUUCCAAAAGUUGGAUCGAUUCACUCUUGGUUCAGACACCAGGGCCAGACUGAGUUUUGAAUAGAGAUUUCUCUUUGGCAGAAUCUCUGUGUUGCUUAGUAGAUAAUGCACCCAACAACCCAGUGUCCUUGAGAGUUACAAGGCAACAGGGCUGAGGAAGCUGUGGACCACGCUGUUCCUAUGAAGGGGCAGUUGGGAAGGGAAACCAGAGAAAGAGGGGUUAGAGGGGAAUCUGUAUUUAGUCUGUAUGCUGCUUGGCUCCCCUCCCCCAUCCUCAUUACCCCCCCCCCCCCAGAACUGUGAAAAGUAGAGCAGAUCUUUCUCCAGCCCCGUCACUCACCCCACCAUCUCUAGGAUGUUUUCCAUAGGUGUUGGUGCUAUUUGGCACUAAGAGUCACUUGCUUGGGUAAGACUGUUUGCUUUUUGUCUAUGUGGCUAUAUAUAAAUGCUACACACACACACACACACACACACACACACACACACACACACACACACACACACGAACUUCAUGGAUGAAGGAACUUAGAUGAUCCCCCACUGAUUUCCUCCUGCAACUCUGCAGGUCUCACAGUCCACUUGGGUAAGAAUGUAUAUAUGGAGAAAUGUAGAAUAGAUGAGUACACCCCCACUGGAUUUGGGGAACUCUGACGGCUGGUCCGUAUUUAGGAAAGAAAUGUAUGUGUGUGCUGGGCUUUCUGUAGGGAGCUGUUUCCUCAGUAUCAUCUGGGAGCUGGGCCCCAGCUUCUCUUCCAGUUCCAUAGUGGGAAGAAGAGACUUAUAGUUAUAACAUGGCCCUUCUCCUGUGUCCAUACCCGCUUUCCAGCUAUUCCUUACCACUCCCACUUUCUUCAGGGUCUGCAGUCCUCUUCCUAAGGAUACCACUUUCUUGCCACAGGAUGAGAGAUACUGGGUGAAUGUUUGUUCUCCUCCCCAACAGGACUGAGCCUCUUGGCUUAUCUUGCAGGUGUGUGUGUGUGUGUGUGUGUGAAAGUGACUGGAACAGCUGUGGGGGGGCCUUAAGGACAAAAUUAAUAUGGGGCCUUUGUGAGCUGGAAAUGGGUGUGCAUAUUCCGGGUUUUGUUCUUGGAGGGCUCUGGAAACCAAGGACAAGACAUAUGCCACGGAAACAGGAAGAGCCUGGCUUGAUGUGGUUGGACCAUCUUUGGCACAAAUCCUGCUCCUGAAGCAGAAAGGGGGUUGCUGGGUGGGGGGGGCAACUCCUCUCUGCUGAGUCUCUGUGUGUCUCAGGCCAGAGACUUUCACACAGCUCCUUUCUCUGCCCAGGGCCACCCUCAAACCAGCCAGUAGAGGCUGCAGGAGGCUUCUAGGAGGCAGGAAACCCAUCCAUGGCAUGGGACAGAUGCAGCAGUGGAGGCUGCCUCUUCUCCCCACCCCCACCCCUCUCCAGAAUGUGCCCUAUUCUGAUCCUGUUAGUCACCUUGGUUCACCAAAUAAAACUGUUUUGUGUA